GAGCGGUCCCUCACAUCACAUGACUGUGUGUUGAGUUGAGGACACGGUUUGUGUUGACAUCUCAAGACAUGGCCAGCAUUUGCUUCAAACGAUUCAACCAUUUAUUAUCCAAAUUGGAAACCAGUGUUGAGUUCAAUAGAUGUCUCUUACGGGCGAAGAAUGGGACGAAAGGGUCGGUGCGGAAGAGUCACGCGUUCACCGGUUAUCGUGAGUGGAAUUGGGAGCCGAACCGGCCGUACAUCCAACGGCUGAUGCACUUCCACGCGGCCCUCAUGUGGUGUUAUAUCUACUGGUCUUUCAGACACAACUGGAGAGAACUCGUC